CGACAUGCGAAUCUGCCCAGAAUGCUAUUCAGUGAGGAUUACCCCAGAAUCUUCCCCGCAGAUGAUCAUCGUUUAGACACGGAUAGAAUGCCGACAGUAGAGUCGGGCCGACGUGGGGGUCACACGAGAUGACAAGUUCCUGACUUCAUGGUUCUAUGGGGUUAGAUGUCACACUGGUUCGGCGUCUAAAUCUGGGGCGUAGUUCGUGGACUGUCAUUUGAGGAGGGAAGAAUUGAUGGGUUCGGCUACCACUUUACAGGCUUCAACUUGUAGUACUUUGAAUGAGUAGCAACCAUGACGAACAUUUUGGAAUCUUUGUUCUCUUUGAAGGGCCGCAAGGCUGUUGUUACUGGCGGGACGAGAGGCAUCGGUCAAGCUAUGGCCCUAUCGCUUGCAGAAGCAGGUGCAGAUAUCAUUCUGGUUCAGAGAGACGAAAAGAACCUUGAAACGAAGACAUUCAUCGAAAAGCUUGACCGACAAGCUUCCGUGUACACCGCAGAUCUAAGCAAUCAAGAACAAGUCGAGAAUCUCAGUAAACGCAUCCUCGCCGACGGCCACGACGUUAGCAUCCUAGUAACUUGCGCCGGAAUCCAACGAAGACAUCCAGCGCAUCAAUUCCCCAUGAGCGACUGGGAUGAAGUCCUCCAAGUCAACCUCCGAACAGUCUGGACUUUAUGCCGCGACCUGGGCUCAUACAUGCUAACCCGCAAGCCCGACGCAAGCGGCCAUCGCGGAAGCAUCAUCAACGUUGCGUCCCUCGUCAGCUUUCAAGGCGGUCUUACGGUCCCCGCGUAUGCAGCAGCAAAAGGUGGAAUUGCACAGCUUACGAAGGCGUUGAGUAAUGAGUGGGCGAAUCAGGGUGUCAAUGUCAAUGCUAUUGCGCCGGGAUAUGUUGCUACGGAUAUGAAUGAGGCGCUGAUCAAUGAUGAGAAGAGGGCUGAGAGUAUCUUGUCGAGGAUUCCGGCUGGGAGAUGGGGAUGUCCUGAGGACUUCAAGGGAGUUACGGUGUUUUUGGCGGGGAAGGGAAGUUUGUAUGUUUCUGGGGAGUUAGUUACUGUUGAUGGUGGAUGGAUGGGACGGUAAGAUCCAAAAGAAGGCAUUACUGCUCACUCAUAAGAUUUAAGUUGACAAUUAAUCACUACGUACUGGCAAACAUGAACAAAGAUUCCCAUGGUGAGUUCAUAUUCUGUGUAGACCUAGCCAGC